UUAGUGUAAAGAAAAAUUUAAUGGUGAAGAAGAAGAAGAAGAAAUUUCUUCAAAUAUCCACACACAUCUUGCGUUUUCAAUUUUAUAACCAUGUUCCAAAGUUCCAACUUUCAAGAGGGUGACAGAUCUACUCAUUUAUUGAGUAAAUUUUAUUUUUUUUUAAUUUUGUGAAAUAAAUGAAGAAAAUUGUUUAUUGUACUAUUAAAUUGUAUACGUUUGAGGUGGGCAACACAAGAGUAUAAAUAUAGUCUACCCAUGAAAGAACAGCUCUUUGGAAAACAAAAAAAAAUUUCCCAACAUUUCUCCUCUUCUCAUCUCCUCUUCUCUUUCUUUUCCCCCCAUCAUUUCUCCCUCCUCCGUUGAUGAUGCAUAUCAAAACAAACACAAAUUAUAACAUGAGGGGUGGAGGUGGUGGUGGUGUUGGUGACUUUGCUCGCAGGCUGCUUCUCCAAAAUCAUCAGAAAACUCAUCUUAUCAGACAGGAUGAUGAUCAUGACCAUACAUCAUUCUUGUUUCAUAAUCAUCAUGUGGCCCAAUUUGACGGCGAUGAUCAUCAUUCCAAUUCUCAUAUCCAAGGUGAUCAACAAUUCAAAGCUUUUCAUGAUCAACAAGAGGAGGAGGAGGAGGAGGAGGCUUCAUCAAUGGAGAGAACAAUGUUUUGGGAGUCGCAACAAUCUUUGCUUGAGGAGAUAUUGGAGCAAUACAAGUCAAAUUACUCCAAAUUGAGAGAUGAGCUGAGGAGGCACAUAGAGUUAUCUAAGAAUGCUAAAUUUUGUGAAUGCAUGGUGGACCCAAAUUUAGAUGAUUGCUGCUCCAAUUGUUUGAGGAGACAAGUUGUGAAUCUGCUGUGUAAGAAGGGUUUUCAUGCAACCUUAGUCACCUCCUCCUGGAAGAAAACACCCACAGUUCCUGGAGGGAAACACGAAUACAUCGAAGUGAUCGUAAGCACGCAAGGGAGGAAGCGGAGAAUCAAGUUCAUAAUCGAAGUCGAAUUCAAGGAUGAGUUCAAGAUGGCCAAAGCAUGCAAGGAGUAUAACAAUCUAGUGAACUUACUCCCACCAACCUACAUAGGAAAGGCUGAGCAUUUAGAUGCGAUUGUUCGUGUCAUGUGUGAGGCAGCUAAAAGGUCUACAUCUGAGAACAAAAUGCAUUUGGGUCCAUGGAGAAAGAGGAGUUUUAUGCAGAUGAAAUGGUCUGCUUCUUCUUCUUCUUCUAGUUCCAUCUCCUCCACACAUGAGUCGAAGCAAGAAGAGGGCGAUGGAGUUAUAUCCAAGUUAUUGGUUCCUGCCACAAAUUUAGCUGUACGGGUUGCAUAAAAACUUUGUCGGAGGCUUUAUUUUUUUGCAGAUUGUUUUGGCCGAAACUUGAUUCAAAUAUUCGGCCAUUCAUAUAGUAAGAGAAAGGCUUUAGUUGCUGAUGGUGUUGCCACAACGUCCCGUACGUUUUUUGCACCUUCAUAUUGCUGUGAGAGAGUUGCCUGGUAAGAUGAAUUUGCCAAGAGUUUUUGCAGAUUCCUAGGUAAAGUUUUGCGCUUUUGCAACAAGAUAGAGCUGGAUGAUAUUCAAGAGUGAGUUGUUGAAGAACGUAUGUAUGUCACGAAUACCUUAACAAAUUUGUAAUAAAUCUCAAGAAGCAUAUGCUUCAUUUUUCUGGUAUAAAAACUUCAACCUCCAGUUUCAUUUGCGAUCCCCUUUUCAUUUGCAGCAACAGAGUCUUGUGAGUUCGUAAGAGAAACAUCCAAUCUUUUCGUUCGACAAUGUAAGGACGAUACAAUCGUACACAGUUCAAAAUUCCACCCAAAAUAAACCACUCCGAGCAUCAUCACGCAUUGAAAGCCAUCUCUGAAGCAUGACAAGCAUUCAGGUUCGCCUCCAAUCAAAACGCAAAUGAAGCUCCCUGAUGGUUUCUAGGAAACCGAAUACAUGCAACAAGAACAUCGAGUUCAAAUGAAAAUACAUAAAACACUUGUUUCUAAUCAUUAAUCACACAUAACCAAUGCCAAAAGUUCCAGCUCCCACGCAUGAAUUUUACACAAGUUCACAAAACUAAAAUAUUGAUUUCAAAGCACAGUUUAAUUAGACAACUAAUCACAUAUUGCGCCACGGUGUACCAGCAUGUCCUCUGUCAAGAGAAACCAAACUUUCCCGGUAAACUAAGUAUGACAGCGAAUAAUUAGGAGCUCGGCAGAUGGAACCGUAUUCCUUAAUCACUCUACCACGGUUGCUACCGUCAUCCUUCAGAUGGUAGGAAAUCAACUCUUCAUUGCUCGCUACUAUGAAAAGCUUCCCAUCAUUCCAGCACGAUAUAGAAGGAAUACUAAUACUCGGCAUAGGACAUCCUAUCGAGUAUCUCUUCACCCAACCCUCUUCCAUCCCGUUCCUAUUCCCAUAGCCCUCCAUCAUCCACACCUCGACAUUCAUACCCGACAAGAACAAAAACGCAAGGGAAUCAUACAACACGCCAACAUUCCAUGUGGAGGUGACCCUGUCAACCUCUGACGGGGCAUCUCUAGGUAUAACCAUUUGACGAAAUCCCAAACUCGUCACAUCAAAGCAAAGAAUACUACGAGACCUGGUGCACCAAUGGAAGUACCUUCCCUCAAGAACAGCAGCACUGUUCCGCUCAUCAAUAUGAGGUAAAACUACAUCAAGUUUCCUCCAAGAAUUGGUAUUCAAACUAUACAUUUCAGCACCUACGGUUGGCCAACCCUGAGCAAAUAUCCCUUGAUCAGAUGAUGAGAAUGAACCCAGUUCCUCCUGACUUAAUGAUAUUGGCUUAUCGGUAAGCAAACUGGAGAUCUCAAAAUCAUGGUGAAUGGUUGAAGCAUCAAGUUUCAAGGCCCCGAGGAACCAAACUAACCUAAUCACAUAAUAAUUGUCACUAGAAGCAUCAAAACCAAAACCGACCCCAUGAGUGAUUGCAUAAUUAGAAGAAAAACUGGAAUCAGGGAGAGCCAUGAAUUUCCUGGUGGUGGGAUUGCACAAAUAAAUCCUGGAACAAACAGAGAUGCAUACAAUUCCAUUGCAGGAACCAAAUAAUCUCACAACAAAUCCAGCAGGAAAAGGCAAGGCUAAAUUAACUGGCGCAGAUAGAUGGUCAACGUCAUCAUCAUUAUUAUUAUUAGUAUUAGUAUUAUUAUCUACAAGGCCAUCAAGGGGGCAAAUGCAUAACAUCCUCUUCACAAAAUUAGUAUCAUCAAAAUUCCACCACCGGCGCCGCCUGCGCCGCCCUUUGAGGAGGAGCACGCGGUAUCGGUCAAUAGUAGAGUGCAAAUCAACAAAAUAAGAACUUUUGAUGAAUUCAUUCAGCUUCUUACUUACACAGCAAAGCCUCAUCAGCGAUUCCACCGGCAACCUCAACAGGAUGUCCCCCACAAUUUCCUGCGGCAGAUCAUCCAUUGUCUUUGUAAUUAUGAUUUCCCUUGUGGGUUCAAUCAAUCUCAACUAGCUUGGAAGAUUUCCGGAAACCAUCAACAGAAAAUGAAGAACUUUAUUGGAUUAAAUGUCAAAAUAAGUUAGGGAAGGAGAAGAAGAAAGAAGAGCAUCUUCAAAAGGUGCCAACUUUGACCAAAUGCAUGGACCGAUAAAGAAGGCAAAUAAUUGAGGAGAAGGUAGAAAUAUAAUUCAAAAGAAAGGAAAGUGAAGUUUAGCAUUUGGCAACUCAUCAGCUACUACCUUCUGUUCUAGAUAAUCUGUACGAAGUCUUCCAAGUCAACUCAUCAGCUCAGACUGCCUCAUUUCUCUUUUUAUUUAUUUAUUUAUUUAUUUUUUUCCCCAACUAAAUAAAC